AUGUUCAGAGAUGUCAACCCGGUGAGGGUUGGGAUGCCUACCAUGGAAGCGUACCUGCCCUUGGUCCUGAGACUCUUUGAGUUGAGCCCGGAGGGAGAAUAUACCUCGAACUUUCUGACCCGGGUGUUCCUGGAGAUGGAUGAAGAGGCCAAGAACAAUUUGAGCCAGGUGGCUGCCCAGCUGCAAGCGGUGAUGAAGCCCAACAUGCGCAGAGCCCGGCCCACCUGCAAGAAGGUCGCCAAGAAAUCUCCACCUCAGAAUCCGGACGCAGCGGUUUGGGAGGUGUCUGAUGGUGAGAUGACGACUACUAGUGAAGCCAACGAUGAGAUACAUGUUCAAGAUCAUGGUGAUCACAUGGACUUGCAUGAGCCUCCAAUGUUGGAGGGACCAGCAGCAGACGAGCCAGUUUGCCCGGGUGCAGGGGGGAAUGAACAUGCACAUGUUUACCUGGGGGAUCAGAAUCCUUUGGCGGGUGAACCCAGCCCUGUACCGACUCAGAUGGACAUCUCUGAAGUUGAAGUGAUCCCGGAUUCUCCUACAGGAGCCUGCUACUGUCACAUGUUGGAAAUGCCCGAUAGGCAACCGGAAUAUGAAGAAGAUUGGGAUGUUUGUCACCACUGCCAAAAUGCCCGUCACCCUGUGGAUGAUGUUUCAACAGAUGUUGAUGUAGAGCUGGGAGAGACCACCAUGGUUGAAGCCCCACAAGGUGUGCAUGAAGACAUGGUUGAUAAGACCCCACCCCGAACAUUUCGCCGUCUUCGGCCUUUGCCUAUGGUUGAUGACUUGUUCAUGGUGGGCGACCCUGGACAAUGCGCUGAAUAUGUGGUGAUCGAUGACUGCGACCCUGAUGGCCUCGAGACCGCUGAGCCUCUGGCUUCAGACUCGCAAUGUUGCGCUGCAGAGGAGGAAUAUCUUGAAGAUGCUAUGGAUAUUGAUCACCGUUUCCCAACGCCAAGGACAGCUACCUUGCGCCUGCUGCAGAGUCACAUGCUGCUCCCCGUGCGAAGGACACAGAUCCUCCACUCCUGGCGGGACAAGAGCUUUGAAGGAUCUGGUCCACCCUUUGCUGGGCCAGAGCCUUGCAGUUCUGACUUCAAGGAUCCGGGAAAAUAUCCUCUAGCUGAUGCACCUGACUACAUGACCGAGCUUCAGAAUCAGGUGAAGGACAUGGAUCCGCCAGAGUUUUCAAAGCAGGGGGAACAUGCUGGUAAGACACGGGGUCGUAAAGCAAAGGCCAAAGCAGCACCCAAAACGAAAGGCAGAGCCAAUCGUGCACCAAAGAGCAAAGCCACAAAGGCAGCAAAGUCUACCAGGUCCAGGACUGCAAAGCAAAGUGUAAGAGCCAAGGCAGCAGCCAAGCCAAAAGCCAAGCCACCACCCAAACCCAAAGCGGCCAACAAGGCCAGAGCUGCAAGUGGAUCCGCAGGACACUCAGCAGUCGUUCCUGCUGAUCCUUUCCCUGCACCGGAUGAUGUCAUGGAGCCCAAGGCAGCCUGCAAGAAACCUAGGACUCGAAAAACCUUGCCUGAUGACAACAAAGACAGGAUCCCGCCCUCCCACAUCACGCACAACCACGUGUACUCGAGCGCGUAUCGGAAGUCCCUGUCACUGUGCCCUGGGGACAAAGCACUUGCCCGAAAGCAAGGUGCUGCAGCUGUUGACUAUUUUAAGAUUCACGGGGCUGUCAAUGGGCUUUGCGGCAGUUUUCGCUCAGCACCCAGAAGCAGCACAAAGAGUGCGGACAGCGGUGUUUAG